GUCACUUCCGCAUUGUCGGUCGACACGUCGAGUUGUCCGGUCACGUUGUUCCUUUCCGGAAGUCGUUGUUGUUGUUCGCGCGAGUCGGUCGUUUUCCGGAGGAGUGUGGGUUUGUUUGUGCUCUGUGAAUUCGGCGAGGACACGUCUGGCGGCGUACCCAGUUAGUAGUGCCUAGCCAGCCAGCGGCCGUCGCUUCGUCGUGAUUGUGACUGGCGGAGAUUAUCACACUUGAACGAAAGGAUUGCCGGCAGCCAGCGGUGUGCGGGAAGUGAAAGGGAGUCCCCAAAUUAGGGGGAAGUACCGUACGUUUGUUUUUGGUCUCACCUGGUUGGGGGGCCACCCGCAGCGGGUGGAUGAGUGUGUAAUUAAAAAUCGGCAGGAUGCCAGCAGAGCGCCCUUCCAGGUGUGGGGAGGUUUUUUUUAUGCGAGUGUGAUUCCGCAAAAGUGUAAACGAGUGCUAUUUUUGUGAUUGAUGGCAACUGGAUGUCAGUGCUAGAUAGAUUUCGAUAAUUAGAGUGGGAAAGUGUGAUCAGACCAGUGGGCAUGUGAACGUUUACACGGAUUGGCAGCAGCGAGAAUUGGAUUACGUGUCUUGUUACAGAUUGGCAACCAGGAAAAAAAUUCGAGGAAUGCCUAAUUUACUGUACAAAUUGAGCCAACAACAUCAUCAACGGUAAUUUCACCGAUUUGUGGAAUGUGUCAGCGAGAUACCCUUCCAGCGAAGGCCGAGAAGCUGUCGCCAGCACCCGAGAAGGAUAAGAAAGCUGAUUAGUGGUAUAAUUUCGGAAAUUGGAGAUUAUUUUUCCAUCUCCUAGUAGUGAAAACCGCCCCACUAGAAAAGCAAAUAAGAGCAAAAGUGCGGUGGUGCGGAUAAAAUGUGCGCCGAGUGUUGGAUGAUGUUGGUGUUUCCGUUGCUGCUGUCACUUUUUGCGGUGACUGUUUACGGUGGUUCGUGCCGGGAAGCCACUCUGUGCUGCAACGGGCGAGAUUCCUCGUGUGUAGUGCAAAAAACCUUCUCAAAUACCAUGGCAAUGGCAUCGGAUUCGAACGUGAAACCAUGCUACUGCGACCAUGCCUGCUUGAAGCUGGGCGAUUGCUGCGCCGAUUUCAAGGCAUACUGCGGAGUGAUCGAUUGCGCUGUCAGCGAGUGGGGCCCAUGGAACGAGUGCGACACACCCUGCGGCCCCGGAAUGACGUCCCGCAACCGGACGGUCCGACAGAAACCGCAAAACGGUGGCAAGCACUGUCCGUCGCUGGUGCAGAAGCGGGGCUGCCAGGGAACGGACUGCCAUCCGACGAGGAACCGAGCUCCGGCGGUGCUCCAGGAAACGGCCCUACUCCUACCGGUGGCUGCUGUGACCUUAUCUACGAGCACGAGCAGCCACAAAAACAACAUGACCGCGGGCGCGGGUAUAACUGGUGGCAACCGGGGCGGCAGCGAGCACAUCCAGCAGCAACAACAACGGUUGCGGAGUCUGCAAAACACCUUCCACGAACAUAAACCGACGACAGAUGGAUACUGCAUCGCUUUCCUGAUCAUGAAGGUGACUAAACAGUGCCACAAGGACCCAAACUACAAAACCCUGCUAGAGGGCGACCGCAUUGUUGUUCACUGUGAUUUGGGGCCCUCUUCCACCCCGAACAGCACAACAACCGAGCGGGACUCUUACGAGAAGAACUCCAUAACAGACGUAUCCAAUGAGGACGUCGACGACGACAACGACGACGAUGAUGAUGAUGAUGAUGAGAAUGGAAAUGCUCACAUUGAUGAUUACGAUCGGAGUUUUCAGAAACAUCCCAGCAUCAGCAGCAGCAGAAAAGCACCGCAGCGAACCGUACCGGGCCGUUGCCUAGGGGAGGGCUUUACUGGUCGGAAUACGCGGUUCGCCUCUCUGGUCACGCCAACGUGCCAUGGAAAGUGGCUUAGGUUAACUGGAGCCGUUCCGAAAAAGUGCUCCUCCGGCGAGGCGCAGUUUAUCUUCGUCUAAAACAUAUCCUGCAAGCACCUUUGGGACGAUGGGCGCAUCGCAUAUAGAGAGCAUGGUAACCAGUCAACCAGGCUUUGUGAGAGUGCUGUGGUCUCUGCGCAACCACACACCACCAGCCAUCAUUGUAGUCAUGCUGCACAUCACCAAACGACAAUAUGGUUUUACCCAGGAGAAGAAGCAGCAGCACUGAACCUCUGAAGUACAUCCGGCGUGUAGAGAAUUAACUUCAUCAUUUCUUGCGCAUAAACGUAAACCAUCAGACGCUGUUACGCGCGCUUGUAUGCAGAUCUGUUAUACGAAGUGAGAAGCCAUAAAACAACGGAAAGCUCGGAUCAGUGAACAAAAUUCAACCGACAUAAAUUUAAAUUAUUUAAGUGCGUGAUACCUUUUCCUAGCGGAUGUGACAGGUUAUAAAAAUACGUUGUCGUAAAGUGAUGCUUAAAAAAAAUGUAAAUACCUUUUCUUUCUUUCCCCCUAAUAAAGGUGAUAAGAGAUUAACAAUAAAAAGACAUGUGUACC